UAGUAAUAGUAAUAAUCCUCACUCGUCUCAUCUUUUCUUUAGUAAAAACGAGUCAAACGCAAGAGCUAAGCAUCUAUGUGAGACCGACCCAUUUUUCCCCAAAACCCCCCAAACACCCAUCCCCGCCAUUUAUCCGUCGCCGUCGCCGUCCUCGUCCUCACCCUCCCCAUCAUCAUGGCCUCUUCUACUCCCCCACCCCACUGCGCGUUGACUACCUCUAAGCCCUACCAAUCCCACCACCCCCACCCCCACCCCCACAGUCCACACCCUCACCGCCACCACCACCACCACCACCACCCCAAGGUCUCCUUGAACCACCACCGCGCCUCCCAACCUCUUCCUCACCCUCCCGCCGUCGCCAGGCCCCCUCCCCCCGCCGCUCUCUCCACCACCAACCCCCCUUCUUUCCCUCAUCUCUCCUCCAACUCCGAACUCUCUGCCGACUUCUCCGGCCGCCGAUCCACCCGCUUCGUCUCCAAGAUGCACUUCGGCCGCCCCAAGUCCGCCUCCUCCUCCAGCCGCCACAGCUCCGUCGCCGAGGAGGCCCUCCUGCAGGCCGUUCGUUUCAGCGGCGACGACGCCCGCUUCGACAGCAUUCUCCUCGCUUUCGAGCCCAAGCUCUGCGGCACCGACGACUACACCUUCUUGCUCCGAGAACUCGGCAACCGAGGGGAGUGGUCCAUGGCCAUGAGGUGCUUCGACUUCGCCGUGGCCCGCGAGCGCAGGCGCAACGACCAGGGCAAGCUAGCCAGCUCCAUGAUCAGCAUCCUGGGUCGGCUGGGCAAGGUGGAUUUGGCCAAGAGAGUGUUCGACGACGCCGUCUCCCGGGGGUAUGGAAACACCGUCUAUGCUUAUUCUGCCCUCAUAAGUGCGUAUGCCAAGAGCGGCCAUUGCGACGAGGCCAUUAGGGUCUUCGAGACCAUGAAAGACUUGAGCUUGAAGCCUAAUCUUGUGACUUACAAUGCUCUCAUCGAUGCCUGCGGGAAAGGGGGUGCUGGUUUCAAGAGGGCCUCUGAGGUUUUCGAUGAAAUGCUGAGGAACGGGGUGCAGCCUGACAGGAUUACCUACAAUUCCCUUCUCGCUGUUUGCAGCGGGGCAGGACUGUGGGACACCGCGAGGUGCCUGUUUAAGGAGAUGUUGUUCCGAGGUAUUGACCAGGAUAUCUACACCUAUAACACCCUUCUCGACGCCGCCUGUAACGGCGGCCACGUCGAUGCAGCUUUUGACAUCAUGUCUGAGAUGCCCGCCAAGAAUAUCUCCCCCAAUCAGGUUACUUACAGUACCAUCAUCCGGGGUUGUGCCAAGGUGGGCAAAUUGGACCGGGCGCUGAAUUUGUUCCAUGAGAUGAAACAUGCUGGCAUGCGGUUGGACAGGGUGUCUUACAACACCUUGCUUGCUAUCUAUGCUAGCCUUGGCAGGUUUGAGGAGGCUCUCACCGUCGCUGAGGAGAUGGAGAGUAUGGGGAUCAAGAAGGACGUCGUGACCUACAAUGCGCUUCUAGAUGGUUUCGGCAAACAAGGGAUGUAUGACAAGGUUAAGGAACUGUUUUCAAGGAUGAAAGCUGAUAAUCUUUCUCCUAAUUUAUUGACCUAUUCAACAUUGAUCAGCGUGUAUUCCAAAGGAGGCCUUUAUCGAGAGGCAAUUCAGGUUUAUAAAGAGUUUAAGCGCCAGGGGGUGAAGGCGGACGUUGUUUUCUACAGCAAGCUCAUUGAUGCCUUGUGUAAAAAGGGCCUUGUUGGAUCAUCUGCGUUGUUACUUGAUGAGAUGAUGAAUGAGGGCAUCCAACCUAAUGUUGUCACCUACAACUCUAUAAUUAACGCCUUUGGUUGGUCGAUGCCGACCGAAUAUCCUCUGCAGAGCGACCAACAGACUGAAUCCUCACUCUCAAUUGCUGCUGCAAAUGUUGCUGAAAGCAAGCCAGACGCUGAAAACAAAGACAGGAUCAUUAAGAUUUUUGAGCAGUUAGCCACUGGUAAAUCAGAUUUUGACGAAUCUGUUAACAGGGGGCGGCAGGACUUUCUGUGUGUAUUGGGAGUUUUCCAAAAGAUGCAUGAGAUGGAAAUAAAACCAAAUGUCGUCACGUUCUCAGCAAUUCUGAACGCCUGCAGCCGCUGUAAUUCAUUUGAGGAGGCUUCAGUGUUGUUAGAGGAACUGCGUCUGUUUGAUAAUCAUGUGUAUGGAGUAGCGCAUGGACUUCUCAUGGGUCAUGAUGAGAAAGUUUGGAUGCAAGCUCUUUCCCUUUUUGACGAAGUGAUGCAGAUGGACACUUCUACUGCAUCUGCCUUCUAUAAUGCUUUGACUGACAUGCUGUGGCAUUUUGGUCAGCGAAGAGGUGCUCAGCUGGUGGUGCUGGAGGGCAAACGUCGACAAGUGUGGGAAAGUACGUGGUCUAAUUCUUGCUUGGAUUUGCAUUUGAUGUCUUCCGGUGCUGCACGGGCAAUGGUUCAUGCCUGGCUGCUCAAUAUACGCUCUGUCGUUUUUGAAGGCCAUGAGCUACCAAAACUUAUAAGCAUUUUGACGGGAUGGGGCAAGCACAGCAAAGUCGUCGGUGAUGGUGCGCUUAAACGCGCUGUUGAGGCACUGCUUAACGGCAUGGGGGCGCCUUUCCGUGUUGCUAAGUGCAAUAUUGGAAGGUUUAUAUCAACAGGAGCCGUGGUGGCUUCAUGGUUGAGAGAAUCAGGCACCCUGAAAGUUCUUGUUCUUCAGGAUGACAGAGUCCAUCCAGAAGCCUCCAGGUUUGAUAAUGCUUCUGGCUUAGAACCACUUCCUUUGUAGCUCUGUUUAGUUUAGUUUCUUGUGUGUAACUAGGGUUUUGCCCAGCCAGCCAUCCAUCCAUCCAUCCAUCUUGUGCAGUCGUGUAAAUCAAAGUUGUAAGUAGCUUCCUACCGCCCCCGCCCCCGCCCCACCUGGUAGUUUUUAGGUUCGAUGGGUCCUAUCCUAUUUUGUGGACUGUAGCCAUGGAAUGAAUAUGGCCAUGGCAUGGUGGGUUUCCAGUAGAAUCUUGUUGGGAUUUUGGUCAGGGAAAGAUUCCCUCCUCCUUGUAAACCAACAAGCACGGACCGGCCUGUCCACCCUUCAGCCGGCGCCGGCAUGUGAUGAUUCGGUGCGCUUGUGUACUAGUGUAUUUUUUGAGGUCUAUUAUGAAUGGAAUUGAAUGACCCAACAGUCUUUGCGAGGGAUA